CCUAGGUAGAAUUCUGAGCACGACGUCGUUUCUCCCAUGGCCUCCGUAGAGCAGCCCCCGAAGAAGCGAAGGCUGCACGAAUCCGAAGCACAUCCCCCUUCCUCACCUCCGCCAACAUCGCCGCCACCUCCGCCACCGCCUCCACAAACCCUAGCUCCAGACUCAUCCCUCUCCCAGGAUGAAAUCCUCACCAAACGAAGGCACCGCGACGAGAUUCGAGGCGUUUACGACUGCUAUAAGCGCAUCAAGUUCUGCCUCUCCAAGACCGACUCGGCUCUCACCGCCGAUCUCGAGCAAGCUUACCUCUCCCUCAUCUCCGCCUCCAGAGGCUGUACGAGUGUACAACGCAUUGUGGCUGAUCUUAUUCCUAGAUAUGCUUCCAAAUGUCCCACUGCUCUCGAAGCCGCGGUGAGAGUUGUUGUCAAUAUGCACAACUGGAGUGUGGGGCUGAUCCAUAGAGGAGAGGACACUGAUGGAUUUGCAUUUCAGACCGCGAGGUCCUGUAUACUCGGCCUGUCCGAUAUUUGCUGCACUGCUUCCUCGGUGGCGUCAGCAUCGUCUGUCAUUCGCGGUAUUUGCUCUGGUGUUUUCCAGAAUGUGCUUAGUUUCUUUAUAUCAUCGUUUGAGGGGAAGGAUGUGUUUCUGAUUGUUGGUAAAGAGACUGUGAGAAUGCAAGACAAUGCUGAUAUUUUUGAUGAGCUGAAGGAGAAGUUUUCUGAUGGAAAUGAAUCUGCGGUUACUAAGCUAUCCCAGUUACGUGCUCUUUGUUUGCUGCGGGUUUUGUUUUGUUGUCCUAAAGAUUCACUUGCAGCCUGCUUUGAACUUUUGAAAUCCACCGCAUCAGAGGGAGUUCUUAAAGGGCAGUAUUUCCUAAGUCAAUUAACAAGCAAACUUGAUCAGGAUGGCGGGGAUCAUUUGGGAAAAACUAGUGAUGAACCCAAAACAAGUAUGGUUUCUGUUGAAACAAGCAAUGCAGGCAACAAUUUUAGUUCCGAGCAGCUAGCAUCAGAUGGAAACUACUUAUCUGGAGAUUCAAUUUCAGUUUCAAAGAGCUGCUUGUUAGAACUGGUUCUUAGUAAAGAUCCAUUAUUGCAAACUUGGAUGCUCUCAAAAUAUAAAAAGUUACGUAGGUUGCCAGCUAUUUCAGAUUUUAAAUCUGCUUUGGAGGGCAUCUUUCGAUCUUUUAUAGAUGUAAUGGAUGUAGAGGGUAAUCAAGUAGGCAGUGAUGAGGACAGCUCUGAUCCAUCGAGAUCUAUCAAUCGACCAUAUCUGGUGCCUAGGUUUUCUAACUCACAAACCGGCAGUGAUGGUUAUUCUGGUAGAGUGUCCAGUCAACAUAUGAAAGCUCGCAGCUCUGUAAGGCCUUUUGAAGCUAACCGCCAUUCAACGGGGUCCAAUCAGGAGAGUGGUGGUGCAAGGCCCAUGGAUUAUGAUAUUAGAGAACAUGGAGAUAUGCCACAUGGCAGGUCUUCUAUGCCGAGGGACUUGGUGAACCACCAGAUGCCUUCCCCUGUCGCAAGGUCUCCAUUAAACUUCAGGAGUAACUCUUUUGAUGGGAGAAACCAUGUUCAUUUUGAGAAAAGCAAAGAUGCAAAUAUUGAAUUUGGUUCACCUUCCGUGAGAUCUUCAAGUGGAGGCGUUAGCAGUUCUUUGGAAUCUCCCAAAUGCCAGUCUGUUUCGUCAUAUGGUUCCCCCAGAACUCAAAUUGUUUGGUAUUCUGAUGGGGAUAUUGCAGCCAUGGACAUUUUCUCUGCAUCAAAACAACUCUGGCUGGGCAUUUUCAGUUCUGAUGUAUCAGAAGCCCAUGUAAGAUUUCAGUUAGAGAGAUUUGGUGCCAUGGAACAAUUUUUUUUCUUUCCUCACAAAGGAUUUGCCUUGGUUGAGUAUAGAAACAUUCUUGAUGCCAUAAAGGCUCGUGAAUAUACACGCAGACAUUUUCCUUGGUGCGUAAAGUUCAUGGAUACAGGGUUGGGAACUAGAGGUGCUAUGAAUGGUGUUGCAGUUGGUUCUAGCUGCCAUGUUUAUGUUGGACAUGUUUUAAGUCAAUGGGCGAAGGAUGAGAUUCUUCAUGAAUCAAGGAGAGUGCUUCACAAGAGUCCUUACUCAGUCACUGAUUUUAGCAAUGAAGGUGCGUUACUGAUGGAAUUUGAUACUCCAGAAGAAGCUGCUGCUGUGAUGUCACACCUCAGACAACAUCGCAAGGAAAGGAGUAACCACAGGGCACCAUACGGUGCUGGACCAACUAAUCUUGUAGUACCUCACAUUGAUGGUGCCAGACCUGUACCUACCACUACCCAUGUUGACAUGAGAAGCAACCAGGGAAACGUGUUGUACGCUGCUGCUACACCAUUCACUGCAAAACAGGAGAACCACUCAAUGGAGAUUGUCUCGCCUAGAGUUAAAUCUGAAAAUCAGGGGAAUGCACAAAGUGGAUGCAUGCUUCAGUCAAACAGAGCUGUUACGGGCUCUGCAGAGAUGCUUGAAGCUGGCACUAGGAGAGUUGAUGGUUAUGACAGUAACUUAGCUGUGAAUUCUACGCAAGGCGGUCAUGUUGCUUCUCAUGCCAGUGAACCUAGGUGGUUGUAUUCAAAACCUGGAAUGGAGCUGCAUUCUGCACCAGGAAGUGUUCCAUGCGUUCCUGUACCAACACAGGGACCAGCUGCUCCACCACUUCCACAAAUUUCCUCAGCUCCAUUUAUGCGACCUGUUUACUUCCCUCCACAUAGUUCAUGGGAUCCACGGGGUUCAAGUCAUAAUCGUCCUGUGAACACAAUCUCACCUGCUGUAGCCCCAAACAAUUUUCAUGGUAAUGCUAUUGUACCUCCCUUCAUUCCUGCUUCUGUGACUCCACUUGCACAAAUACAGGGAACUCCAGGGCAACAAUUUGACCAUAUGUAUUCAGUGCCUAUGGCACCACAACCAUUAUCAUCUCUGCCACCUCCUCUACCUGACAUGCCACCUCCAUUGUCCCCACCUCCACCGCCUUUGCCUCAAUCACAGCCGCCUUUUGUUCCCCCUCCGCCUUCUUCACCCUCUCCUCCUGUUGCUAUUUCAGAACCAUCUGCUGUGGAAACUUCUAGACAACCCUCACAAUAUCAGUGGCAGGGGACAUUGUGCAAGAGUGGAGUUCAUUACAGUACAGUUAAUGCAUAUAGAGUGGAUUCCGAUAUAUGCAAAUAUUCCAAUGCCACUUCUGAACCUAUAGAAUGGCCUUUUAAGUUAGACAUGACCAAGCGUACAGAUUUUCGGCACGUGAAGUCUACAUUUACUAGCACCCCACCACAUAAGCGGGAAGUGUGUCGAUUGAUCCCAUCGUCUGCAGCUGACCAGAAAGGAUUUCAGGAUUUCUUGUCAUACUUGAAGCAGAGAGACUGCUCUGGAGUGAUCAAGAUCCCAGCAAUGAAUUCCAUGUGGGCCAGACUUCUCUUCAUACUUCCAUAUUCGGAAGAGACUUGCUCUAUGCUCUCUAUUGCACCAUGCCAACCUGAUUGCCUCAUUGCUUUAAUUCUACCUAAAGAAACAAAUUUUGAGUGGGUAUGAUCUGAUUUGUUUUCUUGGUAAAAAAAAUCAGAGAUUGUUUCGCGGAGAUACUUGCAAUGCCACCGGAACCCUCAGGGCAACACUAACAGGCAAGCCGGAGGAAGCAAAGGUUUCACCAAGUCCCAAAAGGUCUUCGUCCCCAAAUUUCCAGACCAGAAUCGUCCCCCAAAUCCCACACUCUCCGCCUCCCUCCGUCAAUCGCAAUCGCAAUCGCAUCCCUCCAAUGCCGGAGCUUCAACCGCCGCCGCUGCUCCCGCGACUAGCAGUAGGGUUCGGAUGGGAGAGAAAGGCGAGUGGGUGUCGACCAAGGGCAAUUUCGUCAAUUACCUGCCCCAAGAUGAAGCUGUCGUGGCCGGCCUCGGCGCCGACGAAGGUGGAUUGGACGCCUUGGAGUCUCAGAGAGUCGUCGAUCUUCUCAAUAGAGAGCUCUCUCGGUUGCUCAAGCUAAACCCUAAGGAAUUCUGGAGGCAAGUGGCUAGUGAUACUUCCCUGCAUGAAUUUAUGGAGAGCUUUCUGCAGUUUCGUAGCAGGUGGUAUGAUUUUCCUCAUCGAGGAGCCAAGGACACGGUGGCAGGUGUCAUUGUAGGGGAAUUAGAACUAAGCCGCCGCGUUUUUAUGGUGCUGUAUAGAGUUUCUUCUAACAGGGAGCCUGGUGCUCGGGCUGCUGAUAGUCUCAGUCCGAGAGACCAUGCAGCUCUUUUGCAGGAGAAGAAGUUGCUGGACUUGCCUAAGCUGCUGGACAUAUGUGCUAUAUAUAGUCAUGAGAAUGAAAAUUUGACGGGAGUGUUGGUUGGCAAUGCAGUGAAAGCCCAACCUACAAUCUGUGACAGCAUGACUGCUGCGGCAUCACAUUUCCUGAGCAUUGUACAGACAAUGUAUCAGCGCAGCAGCACAGCAUUAGAGGCCCUUUUUCUCUCUGGAGAUCCUGGAGAACACGGAUCUGCCCGUCUUCUUGCUGAUUUACUGGAGGUUAUGGACUUCAUAAACGAUGCAAUUGUAUCCAUGGAUGCUUUCCUAACUGCAUAUAGACCAUCCGCAUUAUUCUUCUUGUGCCCUGUUGAAAAAAGUUAUGGGAAUGAGGAAUUACUGAGCACACUAGCAAGAUUGCAUGAUUCGUUACUUCCAUCUUUGCAGCAUGGGUUUCAAAUGAUACUAGCUGCUGGAGAAGAUAAAAUGGUAUCAAAUGUUGCCAUUAGUUUGAAAAUGCUAUCAAUGAGAGUUGUCAAAUUCGGAUGGAAAUUAUUGGACUCAUGCUAUCUAAGUGAUGAGGUCUUCAGAGAUAGUCCCACCAUUCCAGCUGCCGCAGAGAUGUUCCCAGCUAAACUAGAGGAUCCUUUUAUUAGAGCAGACAUCUUGGUUCAAAUGUUGAGACAGAUUAAUGGAAUUUCACUAGCCGUUCGAGAAAACCAGAAUAGGGAGACAUUUCUUCAAGACGUUGAGAAGAACUUCAAUAUUAUGGGCAAAGUGGAGAGUUUACAAAAUCAUGGAUGGAUAAUCAUGGAUGAUGAACAGUUUGGGUAUCUAUCUGGUAUACUGAUGUGUUCUCAGAAGGUCAUCAGUAAGUUGCACACCAAUGCGACAAUCCCUAUAACAAACAACAAGGUAGCUGUGGAUGAAGAUUUUGCAAUUAAGGAGUCCAAGAUUAGUCAAGUGAAGGACCUCUUCCCUGAUUAUGGAAAAGGUUAUUUAGCUGCCUGUCUAGAAGCAUAUAACCAGAAUCCUGAGGAGGUGAUACAAAGGAUUCUUGAGGGAACACUUCAUGAGGAUCUGCAGUCUUUGGAUACGAAAUCAGAGACUAUGCCAAAGCCCAGGAGUGCUAUUGCUAGUAUGAAAGAUAAGGGAAAAGGAAUACUGGUUGAACCUACCGAAUCCACCACUACAACUAAAGUGGCUGCCAGCAGAGAUCAAAAAAUUGGGCUCACUUCAGUUUCAUCUACAUCUUCACAGGGAAGAUAUAUUAGGAAGUCCAAAGCUGACAUGCCUGCUUCUGAUACACUUGAUGACAAAAACGAAAAAUAUACGGCAAAAACUGCUGCCCUUAUUUCCCAAUACGAGUAUGAAGAUGAGUAUGAUGACUCUUUUGAUGAUCUAGGAUUGAGUGUUGCAGAUUCAGGAGCAGGGGAAAUUGAGUCGUUCGGUGAAAAAAGCAGCUCAAAAUUGAUGAAACCAUGGGAGUCACGGACUGAAAGUUCAUCUCAGAAUCCUACUAGUUCAAGAUGGGGUUCGAGGCAGAACCCCCAAUAUUAUGUCAAAGACGGGAAAAAUUAUAGUUACAAGGUAGCAGGUUCGGUUGCAGUUGCAAAUGCAGGUGAGGCAUCGCUAAUUACACAAGCACAACAAGAAUUGAUUCAUGGUCUUGGUCGUGGUGGAAAUCUGCCUCUUGGUGCAGUUAAGAAGCUGACAGAGUACUCUGAGCAGCAGGAUAAUCACUCAGCCAGAAGAAGUGAGGAGCAAGAUAAGCACUCUGAUAAUUUUCAGACAGAAGGGAGAGGAAGAGGGUAUGUUAGGAAAUCCAAGGGAUGGGGAAGAGAAGGAGAAAGAAGAACUGAGGAGCAAGAUAAGUACUCUGAUAAUUCUCAGCCAGCAGAAGGGAACGGGAGAGGGUACAAUCGGAAUUCCAGAGGCCGGGGAAGAGGAGGAGAAAGAAGUCUAGGGGACUCAGGUGAGGAGCAACCUAAAGUAGAAGGGAGAGAAAAUGCUGAUAAUCAAAGGGGAAGAGGGAGAAGAGGUAGGGGAGGGGGAAGGAGUAAUAAUUACAGGAAGGACCAAGCCAUGAAGAAACACUUUUCUAGUGUGGGUGGUCUUUAGGGGUAUACAGAGUUGUAAACUUAUAAUAGCAUGAGACUUUUUUUUGGUUACAGACGAGGCUCAACAGCCCAAACACAGAAAAACUAAAAACUAACUAGAAAAGCAAGAAACCCUUCUAGCUCUAGUUACGGCAGCAAGAUAAUAGCAUGAGACUUUGGGAGCGCCUCUUGGUUGGCGUAUCUCGUCUCUUAUAGUCUCCAGUUUCUUCCCUGCCAAACGUAAGUCGCAAGGUAACUGCAUAUUACAGGUUUUGAUAUUCACCGUCCGAAAAUUGCAGAGUUGUCUUCGUAUUUUUGUAUGUCCCAUCUAAAUAGUUUUACUUUUUCUUCUUCCGUGUGUAAUGAGCUACAAUCAGUUCAAACACAGCCAUUUCGUUUGGCCAUUUGUGACCUAGUCCCAAGUCCCAACUGUUA